GAGAGAGAGAGAAGGGGGUGGGCAGGCAAAACAAGCCACAUGCAUAAGGAGGGAGCCAGAGGCACAGAGACAGAGAGGGAGAGUGUGUGCAUCAUGUAUGUGUGAAAACACUGCGCAUGUGUGACGCUGAGGUGCACUGACUGGAGCAGACGGAGAAGGAGAAAGAGGAGUAAUGAACGGCAGCUGAGACAGGAGGAGCAGCAGAGAAGAGGGAAAGAAGGAGAGGUUUACUUGAAGACCAGAGGAAAGACAGGAAGAGGAGAGGAGGACAUACAUGCAGAAACUCACUUUCACUGUACAGAAUAAGCUGAAUAAACUGAGAGAUUUAGGAAGAGGGAUGGAAAAAAGGAGACCAGAGGGAGACGCUCAGCCACAGCUUGGAGGAGAGGGAGCAAGGGUGGGAGAGUGAAGGACAAAAGGUACCAGAGAGGAGAGGAGAAGCAGGAACGAGGGAUGCAGAGCUCGACGAAGGCAGCCCGAGACAUGACGCAUCCACCUUGCAACAGCUUCCUCCAUCUUACACCUCCUCCCUCCGCCACAGCUCGCUCUUCAUCCUGCUAGAAUCAAACGCACAGGAGAGCAUCCUCAUCCCUGAACAAAGAGACUGAACGGUUUAUCUUCACAGAGCAGCAUCAGCAACGUCAACAAAUGGAAACCAGAAAAGACUGAAAGAAGACAAGUGCGUAGACAGACAGGUAGAUGGUCCAAAGCAAUUCUGAGGGCUCAUUAUGCAUCUGAGUCUGUGAAAAGAGGGGAGAAAAGCACAGAGGGAUCCUUCAGACUGUUAUCACUUCUUCUGCUCAUUUGGGAGGACUAUCUGAAAGUUAAAAAAAAAACCUUCACUCCCACCUCUGAGGAAUUCAGGAGCCUUGGAGCUUGAAGGAGUCACUGCAACAGCUUUCUGAAGCAUUUAGGAAACCUCCCAGAAAAAGACCUCCUCCCUGUUUCUUAUCAACAAUCCGCCCAGAAGGGUCACACAGGGUCGCCUGGCCAAACUGGACCAAGAGCAGAGAGAAAGACUGCAGGUUGUUCUUUCUUUUUCAUACACACAAAAAAAAAAAACGUGUAACACAACCGCAGUCAAAAACAGGAAGUUGAGCAGGCGUUAAAGCGAGAACCACUGGUAGAGGCUAGUUUAAAAAGGCAAGAGUUUCCUUGGCAGGCCACAGGAUAUGUUUUAAGACAAUACCUCUUGGACUUGUCUGAACUGCCUGAACUCAACCCCCCUCUACGCUGUGAAUGCAGAAAUCCACCAACUUGUACUGUAUGUAUAAAUGUGAGCGUCUGUGUGCAUAUGAGAUUAUUUAUUAGAGUCAUUACUGAGUGAGAACAUAUCUUUGUGCUAAGCCGUCUUUGUGUGUGAAUUUACUGUAAACAGCCAUCAGAGACAGCACAGGAUCAUCAGCAUAAAACCAGGCAGGGGUGUCCAGCGCUGAUUAGAGCCACAGACCCUCUCUCUACCACCUCCAAAAACGUGCGAAUGUCCUGCCUCAGGCGUCAGCCCGUCACCAUCCCUAUGGAUACCGUCAAGAUCAUCCAGUCGGAGAAGUUCCCCAGAGAGUGCCCUGUGCCUGUCACCCAGCCGCGCUAUGCCCCACCCCCCAGAGUGGCGUGGGACGGCGGAGGCGAAGGCGAAAUCAUCGUCAACCAGGCCUGCAGCGACCUGACCCUUGACAUCACAGGGUCUCCCCGGCCUAUGGUGUCCCCCUCGGCCCCCGUGAUGCGCAGGGAGCAGACCUUCCUGGCGCAGCGUAAAACCAGUGCCAAUGAAAUCUGCUACCACCAGUUCCACUACAAAAUGGAGGACGUCAUAGUCAACCAGUACGUGCUGCGCUCUUCCUCCACCUCCUCCUCCACGUCCUCCUCCUCCUCCUCGGGACCCGUCAUGCCCUGUGAGCCCCUGGACUGCCCCACCUGCGGCCACACCUACAACUUUGCCGGCAAGCGUCCGCGCAUCCUCUCCUGCCUGCACUCGGUGUGCGAGGAGUGCCUGCAGAUCCUCUACGAGUCCUGUCCCAAGUACAAGUUCAUCUCCUGCCCCACGUGCAGGCGUGAGACAGUGCUGUUCACUGACUAUGGCCUGGCUGCUCUGGCCAUCAACACCAGCAUCCUGAGCCGCUUGCCCUCUGACCCCAACGGGCCCGUGCAGUGGGGCGGGGACGCCGACCGCAGCUGCUACCAGACUGUGCGCCAAUACUGCCAGUCAGCCUGCACCUGCCAGAUCGCCAACCCCUUGUCCUCCUGUGGCAUCAUGUAGACAAGGGGGGACACUGCAGGCAUGACUCGACGCUGCCCCCCCCACCACCACUCUUUACGUCUAUAAGCUAUCCCCUCUCUGCCAACCCCCUCUCUCACACACAGUAAAUAAAUCCCUCCACAGAUGUUAUCUCUAUAUAUUUAAUAGCACAGAUGGAUGCUAUGUGGGACUUAUGGAUGCCGGUGGUUCAAUAAAUAGUAAAUAAAUGUAUUUUAUGUAUGGACUGGAAUCCUAUUCACCCUCUCUCGUUUGGUUGGACGUGUUUGUCAUUGACAUCUCUUUACAUGGGAAUGCCAGGGGAGGUCUAUCCCCCCAACCUAGGUGAAUAAAGAUUAAAUAAAUGAUAA